UUUCUACGCGGACGCUCUUGAUAAGCGUCGAGAAUUCCUCUGUCAUACCAACAUGUCUGCGUCCUUUGGAUAACGUGAAUGUAAACAUGCCCGUGACUAUAAACCUUAAAAAUCCUACCCUGAUUUGAGCUUUCGUACAGAAUCAGUCGCGAUCAAGCGGAAUGGCCCUCCGUGCGUGCAGCUGGGCUGUAAGAAAUUCAGUCUGCGCCUCAAGGUUGUCUGUCCUGUCAGGUCGACACGAACAUGCGUUGCUUUUCCUCAGAACGGGCAUUGCAGCUCACAGCCGGCGGACGAAUGGACUGAGCUUCACCCCUGUCUGUUUUAUUACGUCUGAUGCAUUUUUGAACAGACUAGCAAAAGGCAAAGUGGCAGAGCAAGAUGACAGCGGAUAUCACCACCCAACCUCAGUUCCGCCCCACCACGGCGAACAACUAUCUCUGUUAAUGAGAGAACCGGAUCAACCCGAGACCUCAAGGGUUCUGAAAGUGGCCAUAGUGGGUUCCCCAAACGCUGGGAAGUCCACUCUAUCUAACCAGCUGCUUGGCAGAAAGGUCUUUGCUGUGUCCAAGAAAGUACACACGACACGGUCGAAAACCCUCGGUGUACUGACCGAGGAUGACACGCAAAUAAUUCUGCUAGACACACCAGGUCUCACCACUGCAUCGAAGGUUAAAAGACACAACCUGGAGAGCUCCCUGCUGUCAGAUCCCUGGAGCACCGUGAAGGAAGCCGACCUGAUGCUGGUCAUGGUGGAUGUGGCAGACAAAUGGGCCUGCGAGAAGCUGGACCUGGAGGUGCUGAAGGUCCUGGCUAAGCACCCGGAAGUCCCCGCAGUGCUGGUGCUCAAUAAGACGGACCUGGUCAAGAACAAAGUCAAGCUGCUGGACGUGACGGCCCACCUGACGUGUGGCGUGGUGAACGGCCAGAAGCUGCAGGUCAGGAGGGUGGUCCGACCGCGCCGGGCUGCGGCCGGGACCCCCGCAGAGGCCGCGCCGCCCCCGCCCGCCGAGUCCGCCCCCCGAGACACGCCCCAGGGCGAGUCUCCGUCCGUGGGCAGCGACGCCAGCCCGGCCAGGACCCCGAGCCAGGAGCCACUGAGCCAGGAGCCACUGAGCCAGGGGCCACUGAGCCAGGAGCCACUGAGCCAGGAGCCACUGAGCCAGGAGCCACUGAGCCAGGGGCCACUGAGCCAGGGGCCACUGAGCCAGGGGCCACUGAGCCAGGGGCCACUGAGCCAGGAGCCACUGGGGCCGCUGAAGAGCCGGCAGGGCUGGCCCCAUUUCAGGGACGUCUUCAUGGUGUCCUCCGUGGACCAGGAGGACGUGGACGCGCUGAAGCGGUACUUGGUGGUGGAGGCCAAGGCCGGACCCUGGCACUACCACAGUGAGGUUCUGACCGACCAGACCCCUGAAGAGGUCUGCGCCAACAUAGUCCGAGAGAAGCUUCUGGAGAACCUGCGCCAGGAAGUGCCCUACACCAUGACUCAGUCCAUUGAGUUCUGGAGCGAAAAUGAAAAUGGAGAGCUGGACAUUGCAGUGAAACUUUACGUCAAGAAAGAAGCACACAUGAAGAUGGUGAUUGGCACGGCGGGCCAGAUGGUGGCACGUAUCGCCCGCGAGGCGGGACAGGACAUGAGCAACAUCUUCCUGAGGGAGGUCCGACUGAGGCUCUCCGUCAAGCUGAAGAACUGAAGAGCCAGAGACACAUCCAAAUGAUUUAGAGACCGUUAAGAGAUGGGUGGGGGAGAGGGGUGGGGGGGGGGGGCGUCCUUGGAGUGGAGGGACAACCUUCAGUGUUUCCUUUAUCUGAAAACCGACAGCACGGACCCUACAAUAGAUGUGACAGGGAUGAUGUGUCCUGCAAACUCAUAAAACCACCCGUUAUAUUUUAUUAACUUGAAUCCAUGCGAACCCGAUGAACUGCUUAUGUAAUGUAACGUGGCGCCAUUUAAGAAAAUGUUUGAGUCUAUUUAUACGUGUAAGUAUGUGCUGUAAUUAUGUGUUAAAGAGUCAGUUGAUAAUUUCAGUUGAAUAAAUUGCACAUAAUAAAAAAAAAAUCAUGUUUUGGAAAUAUCUCUGGCUUUAUAU